GGGAAUCUCAAAAAAACGCCGGAGGGGCGACUUGAUAUAACGGGGACGGCGUAUCGGCCACCGUUACGGCGCCACGAUACCCACCUCGCCCUUCUUCCUGCUUCGCCGCCUCCGUUCGCUUUGGAAAGUGGAAACCCAGACGCCCCGACGCGCUUCUCCACUCUCGCUGCGCCGUCUCCUCACUCCUCUUUCAGCUGCUCCCCCUCACGCCGGAGAAGCGGGUUGCGAGGAAAAGACGGACCUCUGGGCCGCUUGCUUCUUGUGGAAGCUGGGGUUUUGUGGAUGCGCGGGUGAUUGUUGUUGUUGGCGGGGGAAGGAGGAGAUGGGAAACUGUCUGAACUCUUCGCCGCGGGUCGAGAGUGCUCACUCCCCGCGAGAUGCCUCAUAUUCUUCGAAAGUUGUUAGUAGUAAGAGAAGUAUAUUUUCAGUCUCCUCAAGUCGGACAGCAUACUCAAUCCCUUCAACUUUAUCUGUGCAAUCCUUCACUGAUAAGCCAGGCAGUAUGAUUCUUCCUACACCAAGAACUGAAGGUGAAAUUUUGUCAUCCUCACAGUUGAAGAAUUUCACAUUCAAUGAAUUGAGGAAUACCACGAGGAACUUUCGACCUGACAGCUUACUAGGAGAAGGCGGCUUUGGUUAUGUGUAUAAAGGUUGGAUUGACGAACAAACUUUUUCUGCUUCAAAGCCAGGCUGUGGAAUAGUUGUUGCUGUCAAGAAGCUUAAACCUGAAAGUUUCCAGGGCCACAAGGAAUGGCUGACAGAGGUUGAUUAUCUUGGUCAGCUUCACCACCCAAAUUUGGUUAAGCUCAUUGGUUACUGUUCAGAAGGGGAUAAUAAACUUCUCGUUUAUGAGUUCAUGCCAAAAGGCAGCUUGGAAAAUCACCUGUUCAGAAGAGGCGCUGAGCCACUACCUUGGGCAACUAGGAUCAAAGUUGCAAUUGGAGCUGCUAGAGGACUCACUUUUUUGCAUGACGCUGAAUCUCAAGUUAUAUAUCGAGAUUUUAAGGCUUCGAAUAUUCUCCUUGACUCGGAGUUCAAUCCUAAGCUAUCAGAUUUUGGCCUAGCAAAAGCUGGACCGACUGGAGAUAAAACUCACGUAUCAACUCAAGUGAUAGGUACUCAUGGAUAUGCAGCUCCUGAAUAUAUCGCAACAGGUAGACUCUCAGUGAAAGCUGAUGUCUACAGUUUUGGAGUCGUAUUGUUGGAGCUCUUGUCAGGACGUCGGGCCAUUGACAAAUCAAAGAUAGGCAUCGAGCAGAAGCUUGUCGAAUGGGCAAAGCCUUGUUUAGGGGACAAGCGAAAACUAUACCGGAUCAUGGACACAAGAUUGGAAGGCCAAUACACGAAAAAAGGAGCCCAUGCAGUUUCCUUGCUCGCGCUGCAGUGCAUCUCUCUCGAUGCCAAACUCCGACCUCGGAUGUCUGAUGUGUUAGCCUCACUGGAGCAAUUGCAAGAUCCAAGAUCUACAGUGUUUCCGCUGCCGAAAGAUCAACAUAAGACUGCCAACGCAUUGCCAAGUCACCAAUGAAUUGCAUUUAGUUCCUCAUUGCCAUCGUAUCCAGUACACACUAGGCGAAAUAACUACUUCAUUUCAAUGCGUGUUUGAUGGGGCUGAUACGGUUAUUGAUUUGCUGUUGUGUGUGUGUGUGUUUUAAAGUGUAUUAGCUUGUGAUGGAGAAUUCAUAUUCGAAGAGAAAUGCUUAUGCGACGUUUGUGAUUGUUUUGAUCGAUCUAAAGAGGUGUACUCUUUGAUUCCUCUCAA